AUGUCGCUUCCAGAAAUCCUGCGUAAUCCACGGAUACAGCACUUGCAGGCAUCUGGUCGUACUAGUGCCAAUGGGCUUGUUGCACCUAAUUCACGCAAAAGCGACCCACAUAUCGGCAAGCGCCGCCAGCGCCGCAAAGAAAACAGUCGGUUCCUAUCGAACCCGCACGCGGUGCGGCCUAGUCCGGCCGACUAUCAAAUUCCUGCGAACACGGUGCGCUCUACCUUUGCGGUAAAGCAUUCUACACUCGAUCAUAACAAGGCGCUCGAAGAGCUGGCACAAACCAGCUACUCCCUUGCGCCUGACUUUGCAUCGCCCAAACACAACAGCGCCGCUUUCGAAGUGGACUCUGCGAUUCAGGGACAAUUUUCGAUCAGUCUGCGCGAUGCACAUCACUUUUUGCGCGCACGAUUGGACGACCAAUACCAAGGACAGCACGUUGCGAGCGCGAUUUUGGAUACCCCACCUGUAACGGACUAUGAGCUGUCGGAUUCUGUGGAUGAUACGGAUCUGAGUGAUUUUGUGUCCGGGUCGGAGUUGUAG